GCUGUAGGUGGAAGGUAUUGAUAUUGAACUCAACGACCAACAAUUUCUUUUCUGAUCAAUCUCUAUGGCAAACGAAAUGUCAGGAUUAUCUCGAUUUUUAAGAUUUGGUGGAAGCUCCAGUACCAGCAGUAGUGAUGCUGAAGGUCUUGCCGUCUUUAAGUUUCAAGAACUUGCAGCUUCCACAAGGAAUUUUGCACCAGAAUCCCUUUUGGGCGAAGGAGGAUACGUGCGCACAUACAGAGGUUGCUUAAAGAGCACUGGACAGGUAGUUGCAAUUAGACAAGUUAGUGAGACAAGCAUAAGUAGCAUCUACAGAUACAAUGACCAGACAAUGCUUUCGACAAUUCGUAUACGCAGCCUCUUGCACCAUCCUAACGUAGCCGAAAUGAUUGGUUACAGCAUUAAUGACAAAAACCAGAUAUUUUUUGUUUAUGACUUCAUGCCGUUGGGAUCCUUGAAGGAUCAUUUGCAUGGUAAGAAGCUUCUGGACUGGAAUACGAGGAUGAAAAUUGCAGCUGGUGCAGCAAAAGGGCUUAAAUGCUUGCAUGAUAAAUCAGAUCCUCCUGUAAUCCAUGGAAAUAUUAAACCUUCCAACAUUCUCUUAUGCGAAGGAUAUCACCCCAAGCUGUCGGACUUCCUCGUUUUUGAAGAGCGGAUUCCAGAAACUGACGAGUCUAGCCAUCAAAGGUGUUUCGGCCGUCAUUGUUAUCGCCAUGCACCUGAAUUCUAUAUGGAUUUUAAACUCACUCAACAAUCUGACAUCUACAGUUUUGGAUUUGUCUUGCUUGAACUGAUUUCAGGGCGCCUGGAAGAGAUUACGCCAACUCUCCUUGAAUGGGAAAAACGUAAAUUAGUGGGCGGCAACGAAUUCACAGCGGUGGCUGAUCCACUAUUAUCCAGAGCAAGGUUUAUACCAAGCUUUUUUUCUUGCAGCUGAGUGUUUGCAUACUGAAGAUGUCGCUCGGCCUCGUAUAGGAUAUGUUGUGAAUGUUCUAUCAAAUUUAGCUUCUGAAAUUUACGACCCAAAUGCUAUCCAGAUUAACCGAGCAGGCGCACUGACUAUUGGCAACUUUGAGAAGGAAAGACUAAGAGAUCAAUGGCGACAUGUCUGGUCUACAGUCUUGCUUUGUACUGGCGGCUUCCUUUAUUGAAGUAAAAGGCUGGUUUAGAAUGGGAUGAAUUGGGUGAUUCGAUAGCAAGCUGUAUUUUUAUUCUUUGUACAUCUAGUCUUCAUAAAGGCUCCAUUGGCUUUGAACAGGACAUUAAUGCAAACAAAAAAGCAACUGCAGAAUGCUACAAGAUACAAAUUGAGAUUAAACAUGACAUUAAUGCAAAUGCAGGAGUUACAAUACUAAACAGCAAAAAGCUAAAAACAACAAGACUAUAAUAAACUCGCCAUAUAAAGCUGAAAUAGCUAGCCAAGAAAAAAAGAAAAGAAAAAAGAGCUCAUGGCUCUGAUAGCUACUUGAUAUACACAACUUGAUGAUUUACUGCAUCGUCAGGGGAUAGACUAACGAGGAGGAAAUAAUAGCCCGACUCUGGUAUAUGCAGGAAAUGAUAGCAUGUCUCUGGUAUGCAAAGGCGAUCAGUAAAUCAUCAAGUGUUUGGAAAAUGAACAUCUACUUUCUGGCCUGCAUCUCAAGCUCAUGAAAUACACCUCUUUCAUUACAUGCUACAAGAUAGACUUGCACAUGAUUUUUUACGAAUUUUCCCUAACAAUCAUUAUAUAGAACACCAGUUUCACUAGUCUUAUUUCCGCCUUUUCUCUAGCUUCCUUGUUGGAAUGAUUAUGCCUAACAUAAGCAAUGUUUGAAUUGGUUUUGCAUGUCUCGCUAGUGAAAGAUAUUUAUCCAAACAGGAAAAUAAGAGUGCAAUAUGUAAACAUUUAAUCUAGGCUUUACUUUACCUUGUUGGAGUAGUAGAUUGAUAAAAGUUACAUACGACUCCUUAGACACCAGCUUAGUUAAUAACUAUUCUUCCAAAAACAAAUCAAACAUGUACUAAAUAUUGAAUACCAUACAUAGAGCCCCUUCGCCUCACAAGGUCACUUAUCUCCACCGUAGUAUAAGAUCACAUCAGACAGCCCAGUUGCAUCUUUGAAGAUCAUAUCCAUUAGACCCUCAUGCUGGCUCAACUUUUCAGGUCCCAUCUCCUCUUCAUUUUCUCUAAGAACUUGUUUGUUUGCAGCUGACUCGGCGUCUGAAUCUGAGUCAACCCCUGAAUCGGACCGAGUCAGCAGUCAGACCAUUUGUUUUCCAUUUUGAGUCAGAUCUGAC